CUUGCCAGCUUAGCAAACUAGAAAUGGUAAAUUAGGGACACCCAUGUGAACGAGUUUUGAGUAGGACUUCAGUGAACCCCAUAUUCCUCAGUGACUGAUUGACAGACAGACAUACUUUAUUGAUCCCGAGGGAAAUUGGGUUUUGUUACAGCCGCACCAACCAGGAAUAGUGUAGAAAUAUAGCAAUAUAAAACCAUAAAUAAAUAGAUAAUAAUUAUUAUGCCAAGUGGAAAUAAGUCCAGGACCAGCCUAUUGGCUCAGGCUGUCUGACACUCCGAGGGAGGCGUUGUAAAGUUUGAUGGCCACAAGCAGGAAUGACUUCCUAUGACACUCAGUGCUACAUCUUGGUGGAAUGAGUCUUUGGCUGAAUGUAGUCCUGCGCCUAACCAGUACACUAUGGAGUGGAUGGGAGUCAUUGUCCAAGAUGGCAUGCAACUUGGACAGCAUCCUCUUUUCAGACCAGUACACUAUGGAGUGGAUGGGAGUCAAUGACAUUGUCAUUGUCAUUAAACACUGAAGUCUUAUAUUACAUGCCAGAUAGUAACUGGUUUGGAAUAGUGGCUUCUGGUUAAUUGAGACACAUUUUGGCCCUAUUAAGCAGCUGCCCUAAGUGGAAGUUUCAGAAAUGAUUUAAAAGUAUACGAAAAGGACCAAGUGAAUAACAAAUUAUGCAUUUAAAUGUAAUAGAACAACAAGUUAGAACAUAGAUACAGUAAAACUGUAGUUACCGAUGGAGGAAUUCAUCUGUUUUAGUGAUGAACAAAAUCUGUGCUGACACCUUCAUACAAUGCUGUGAAUGAUUGCAUCCUCCAGAUGAUCAUUUUUAUUACAACAUUCAAGAUGAUUGUUACCUUCUAAUUCUUAAAAUAGUUCCUUACUUGUUGAAGAAAUGAAAUAGUUUUUUACUCUCCCAGUUACUUCUGGCAUCUCCUAGCCUGAAUGCUUGAAAUCACAGUGAGCAAAACAGUUCUGAAUUGCCUUGCUGUUUAUUUCUUGCCAACUACUUAACAAAAACCACUUGAACGCAAACACACAACUGAUGCUGUUUUAAAAAACUUUGUUCUAAACAGUGUAGCAUUUAAUUGCCACAAAAGUGCGCAUGGCUGACAUUAAUUAGUAUUUGUUUUGCAAUUCUGUCCCAAUUAAAUAGUGUCCUAAAUGAGGAAAUUCUCCAGAUUUGUUUUUUGCUGUUGCUCCAAAUAAGUGGCUGCCCUGAUUAAUUGAUAGCCCAAUUAACUAGAAUCCACUGUCCGUCUUAACAAUUUAAAGCAAGGCCUUUUGUUUUUCUUUGUGUGAAUAAGAGAGUGUAACUUAUUUAAAUCAACUAGGGCAAUAUAUAGAACUAAGCAUUUCCUUCUAUCAUUCUGACUCAGAAAUUCUGCUAGGAAUUAAAUCACUUUUGUUAUACAAGCAGUAAUUAGAUUUUUUUUAUAAUUAAUUUGGCAUUUUUUCAUCAACCUUAAUGAUUAAAGUAAUUUUAUGUACAGCUAAUUGGCUUUUUUAAACAACUGUUGUGUUGAAAGUGCAGACUAAUCGCUGCAAAGGCCUGUCUUGGGUGGUCCCUGCAGGCAUUUUUGAAUAAGUGUACUCAAAAUGUUGAUCUUAAAGCUGUGUAACUUCCAAUAUUUUAGUUUAGCAGACUAAGUGCCCUUUUUUUUUGAAGCACCUAUCAUCCAAAGGCAAUUAAGCAAAUUUUGAAGUUUUAUUUCUGGAAGUGUUGAGUAGAUGUAAGUUUCAAUAGAAGAAACAACAACCCUAGUUAUUGACCUACCAUCAGAACUUAGUUAAUUUCAGAACUCCUUGCGUGUACAGGAAUACAAAUGACACAAAUCCUUGGGGCUCUAACUUUUACCUGAACCAUGAUUCUAUUUGAAUGGCCAGGAGUGGGACUGAUGCUGGCAAACUGAUCCUCCGUUAAUUCAACCAAAGUGGAGCACACAUGGACAAUGGGCUUGGGUUUACAUGAGGCCAAAACUAAAUAUUAAGACUUUAAAAGUAAUGGAAUGUAUUGUCACUAGGGAUUAUAAAUAAAAAUUACCUAAGAUAUAAUUGACUGCAAGAAGGAGGUAAUGGAGUUAGGAUGUGCAUGGGAAGAGGUAAGUGGAAGGCAAGAUAAAUAUUGGUGUUUCAAACUAAGAAAUUGACAAAAUGCUGGUGGAAUGCAGCAGCUAUAGGAAGAAGCACUGUUGAUGUUUUGGACCGAGACCCUUUGUCAGGACUGACUUUGUCAUUGACAAAGGGUCUCGGCCCGAAGUCAACAGUGCUUCUCCCUUUAGAUGCUGCCUGGCCUGCUGUGUUCCACCAGCAUAUUCCAGAAUCUGCAGACUUCCUCGUAAUGGUCAGUAGUGGAUUGUUUGAAGAUGAGUAUUAGGUGUCAAAAAUUAAACUUGGAGAAAUGUGGAUUUAUGAUGCAAAACGAAAAGAGCAUUAACACUUGCAAAGUGCAUGUUUAUUUUGUGGGAUUGGCUGAAGAAUGAUUUUAAGGUGGAACCGAGUGAUCAGAAAAGGAUGUGGGAUUAGAAAUAGAUCGGCAAUUGGAUUUGUCAAAGGUUUGUGGCAGGGACGGACUGUCUGGCUUAGUGAGAUCAUAUUCAGUAAAAUGCAUCAUUUUGAACAGGGAAACACACAACUGCCCCCUACUGACAUUUGCUGCCCAUUGAUACACCUUAACCACAGACAGGCAAGUUAAGCUGCCAAGUAGAACUCCGGAAGAUAUUCCAAAGUAUAGGUAUGUGCAGAAAUAAAAUGGCCAAAUCAGGUGUGAAAUAUGUGGCAUGAUCACUCCAGGUCAAUGCUAUCUCUGCUGUAGAUUCUAUGGUUGUGUGUAAAGCUAAUGAUAGGAUAAUCAUUGUUCUGGAUUGGUACAGAUGUACCAAAGUCUGAAAUUCCACAGGUAAGAGGAGAUAGUAUGCUCAAUUAAUUCAAUUUCUACCUUUUCUGUGAAUAGUUGCAAUAUGCAUAAAUGGAUUACACCAAGUAAAUUAUCUAGAUUAACAGCCCCUCCAAGUGAAUUUUCCUGAAGUACUGGAACUGUAAUGUCAUUUGAAACACUAUCACAGACUAGUGUGGACAUAUGAUUUCAUUCAGAAAAUCAUGAAACUUCAAGAUACCACCAAAGUCCUGAAAUUGCAAGAACAAGCAGAUGUAGGGCACAGUCUCAGCACAGCUGGUGAAACUUAGCAUUGUGAGUUGUGCCCAUGUUCUAAAAACAACAUAUGUUUGCACUUAUACAAUUUGCUUCCAAGUAGGCAAAUAUAAUUGCACAUAAUCAAGUCUUCGCUUUUCCUUAAUAUUAGUUUUUUUUAAAAAACCCUGUUUCCAAUGAGUUCACAUCAUUAUAGUCUUAGAAAUAACCUUGCACAUGGACUUGAGAAUUUGAGUGUUAUUGAUAGAGCUUGUAAGAAUUAUUCAUAAUUUUAGUCCCCUUCACUCUAAAUUAGUUUCUGAUUUUAAAUUACAUCCUGACUACAAUUCAAAUGUGUUUCAUUAGCUCUAAAACAUUUUAAGGUCCUCAAAAAAAGUAAAAGUUGCUUUCAAAAUGCAAAUAUCCAGUUUUACAAAACAAGACACUGAAAUAUAUUAAAUUUGUGUUGGGCAAAAUUCUCUAGUCUCCUUUUUAUCUAAGUGAUCUAGUUAGUCUUUUACAAUCACAGGCCCAUGAAAUAAGCUCCCAUGUUAAGAUGUUAACUCAUUUCAAAGUAGACUUGACAGAAUUGCCUGAUUUUGCUUGAAGUUUGACCAUUGUAAAAUAAUUUAUGGAAUGCAAGUCCGUACAUUUUAAUUUUUUAUAUUUUUUCAAAAUAAUUUUUAUUCAUAAAAAUACAAACAAAAAUACAGAAACAUUACAGGUCUAUCUUUCUAUUUGCUCAGUCUAAUAGUUCACAUUGUUAUAUUUCUAGGCAUUAGUGUGCGUAUGUUCCGUGUACAGAGCACCACUACCACCGACAUGCCCCUCCUUUAGCAAUACAAAACUAGCUCCUAGUGGAUGAUAAACAUCAGAAUGCAGUUCUUCCCCACAUGCCUUUGCUGUAUUCCUCAGCAAGUACUUCAGCUUGGAAAAUACCCAUCGGCAGCAUACACUUAGACAUCUUGUGCCCAACUGGAGGACACGGCUGCCUGUGCUAGAUAAGAAAUGAUGGCCUCUAUACCCGAAAUUCCUACUUUCAGUGAAGGAGAAACUCCAGAACAGAGGCCGCGCGGCCGCUUGACCGAGGCUUCUAAACGAAUAUGUUUUGAGGACUGUAAUCAGGCGAAACCAUUAGUGGCUGAAGAUCAACGGCUUAAAGUGUAUUUGAGAAUAAGACCGUUUUUAAACGUGGAACUGGCAAAUAACGAAUCUCAGGGCUGUGUGAUAAUAAAAGAUUCAGAAACUGUUGUGUUGGCUGCACCUAAACAUUCAAGCACUCUGAAAAAUAGUGAAAGAGGAAUUGGGCAAGCUGUGCACAAGUUCACAUUUUCUCAGAUAUUUGGCCAGGAAACCAGUCAGACUGAAUUCUUCAACAACACAGUAAAGGACCUUGUUAAACAAUAUCUCCAAGGACAAAACAGUUUGGUAUUUACUUAUGGAGUUACCAAUGCUGGCAAGACCUACACUAUUCAAGGUACUGGUAAAGAUGGCGGUAUCUUACCAAGAUCAUUGGCCAUGCUCUUUGAUCACAUAAAAGGCAGACAAUAUGAAAGUAUGGAUUUAAAACCACAUGUCUGUGAUGAUGUGUUAAAACUGGAUAGUAAUCAAAUCCGGCAAGAAGAAGCUAUGAAGUCUGCAAUCUUUUCUCCACUGAGAGAGGAGAUGGAAUACCAGCUUUUCAGGACCACAUCCAACAAGAAUGUCCAAAAAGAGUUUGCCCAGACAAGCUCUAUCACUCUGGCAGACUGCAUUCCUUCUGAUCAGCUAGCAAAGCAUUCUGAAGUCAUAACAGCUGCAUCUGAUAUGAGCCUUGUUGAUCAAAAGCAGCAAAGGUUCUCAGUAUGGGUUUCCUUUUGUGAGAUCUACAAUGAAUAUGUGUAUGAUCUAUUGGAUCCAAUGCCAACUUCAAGAAACCAGAAACGUCAAAAUUUGCGAGUCUGUGAAGAUCAAAAAGGAAACAGUUAUGUUAAAGACCUCAAGUGGAUCAAUGUUACCAGCUCAGAUGAAGCUCUUAAAGUCUUAAAGAUAGGAAAUAAAAAUCGAAGCUUGGCUUCAACCAAAAUGAACAACCAAUCCAGCCGAAGUCACAGUAUAUUUUCCAUUCGACUGAUGGAAAUAAUUGGGGAAAAGUCUCGUGUUUUCAGGACUUCUGACCUGUGCUUGUGUGAUUUGGCUGGGUUAGAGCGCAGUGGUAAAGCACAAACUUUUGGAAAUCGACUGAAGGAGGCAGGCAACAUCAACAAUUCUCUUCUUAUCCUUGGCAAGUGCAUUUCUGCACUAAGGAAGAAGCAGCAGAAUAAAUUAAAACAAAUUAUUGUCCCCUUCCGAGAGAGCAAGUUAACCCGUCUUUUUCAAGCUUUCUUUUGUGGCAAAGGCAAAGCUUGUAUGAUUAUUAACAUUAACCAGUGUGCUUCCAUGUAUGACGAAACUCUGCAUGUGAUGAAAUUUGCAGCAAUUGCUAAGCAGAUAAUCCAAAUUAUUCACCCAAAAUUAAAACUGCAACCUGCUGAUCACGUGGGUGGAAGUGAUGGCAGUAUGAUGGUGUGCACUGAUCUUGGAGAAUCACUCUCUGCCAAAAAUUGUUAUUCUGAAGAUCUAAUUAAAGAUGAUGACAAGGAGGAGGAAAAUGAAGAUCUGGACCUCACCACCUUUGCCCAUGAAGAAUUAUUGAGUAUGAUAGAAAAUCUAAGGCACAAAUUGAUUGCUGAAAGGCAACAGAAACUAGUUUUGGAAAUGCAGGUUCGUAAUGAAAUGGGAGAAGCCAUGUUUCAGCAACUACUCCAUACAGAAGAAGUUUGGAGCGAGCGAUUUGAAGAACUAAAGGAGAUUUAUGAAGAACAAUUGGAUAGUAAUCUCCAUAUGUAUAAGGAAUCAAUUAGGCGGCAUGCAUACAAGUGUGCUGUGGAAGAUGUUAAGGAUAAAUUUGUUUCAAAAGAAGCGUUCACUGCCGAGCAGCACAAGACUAUGGAUGCGGACUUGAAAGUGAGGGAGCUUGAAGAUGCAUUAAGCAAAUACCAGAACCAACCUGCCACUGCUGAAAAUACAAGAGGCCUUCUGGAGGAGUUGGCAUGGUUCAAGGAAGAAGUUUCGAAAAUGCACUUUCAGCUACAAAACUUUCAAUUAGAAGCUCUUACAAAUGGCAAGGAGUUGAGGAGAUAUCAAGAAUUGUACAAGAGUAAAGUCUUAUCUGAAGAACAAUCUGCAAAACUGCUUGAAGAAAAGGAUCAGGCAAACAAGAGUUUAACCAAGAAAUUAAAUGACAUUCAAGUGAUCCUGCAGGAGGCAGAGAGAAAAUUUCAAGAAAGCAACAAAGAACUGCAGAAAUGUUAUGACAUAAUUGCAAAGCAGGAAAGAAUGAUUAAGGAUGUUAAUGAAGAAAAUGUUGACAAAAUCAAUCAUCUGGGAAAUCUGGUGUCAAAACUACAAGAAAAGCUUGCUCUCUCAAUGAAGCUGUCUGAUAUUGAAAAACCACCACAAAUGAAGAAAAAGCUGUUUUCAAGCUUAACUGCAUCCAAACUGGCUGUUGGCUCUCCUACAAAACCCAGUCUGUUUAAAUCCAGGGAACUGACUCCUCGACUGAAAGUUAAAAAGAAAGUGGUGUCUGAAAAACUGCCAUCACUACAAAGUAAUACCAAUAAAUAAUUCAAUAUUAAUUUGUUUGGUUUAAUUAUACAUGCCAUAUUAAUACCUAGUCUUAUUUUAAAUGCAAGCAAAUAAAAUUUGACCUUUUAUUAAAUGACAACCUCCAGCUUGUAGUAUUUAAUAUAGACUUAAAAUACGUUAGCAUGCUGCCAUACUACUCCAGAUAAUA